CAUUCUUCCACUUUUUUUUUUCAAAAGUGGUUGUAUUUUCUCUGAGUUGCUAUCACUAUGGGUAAAGAGAAAACCCACAUUAAUAUUGUGGUUAUUGGCCAUGUGGACUCUGGUAAAUCUACUACCACUGGUCACUUGAUUUACAAGUGUGGUGGCAUUGACAAGAGGACUAUUGAAAAAUUUGAAAAAGAAGCUGCUGAGAUGGGUAAAGGCUCCUUCAAGUAUGCCUGGGUGCUGGACAAACUGAAGGCUGAGAGGGAGCGUGGUAUUACUAUUGAUAUUUCCUUGUGGAAGUUUGAAACAACUAAGUACUACAUCACUAUCAUUGAUGCACCUGGACACAGGGAUUUCAUAAAGAACAUGAUCACUGGGACCUCUCAGGCUGACUGUGCAGUGUUGAUUGUGGCUGCAGGUGUAGGUGAAUUUGAGGCUGGUAUUUCAAAGAAUGGACAGACUCGGGAACAUGCACUCCUAGCUUUCACCUUGGGUGUAAAGCAGCUAAUUGUUGGAGUCAACAAAAUGGACUCCACAGAGCCUCACUUCAGCAGCAAGAGAUAUGAAGAAAUUGUGAAAGAAGUGAGUGCAUACAUCAAGAAGAUUGGAUACAAUCCUGCUGGGGUGGCUUUUGUACCAAUUUCAGGAUGGCAUGGGGACAACAUGCUGGAACCCAGCAAAAAAAUGCCUUGGUUCAAAGGCUGGAAAAUGGACCGAAAGGAAGGCAAUGCUGCUGGCACAACACUGCUGGAAGCUCUAGAUGCCAUCCUUCCCCCGUCACGUCCAACAGACAAGCCUCUUCGCCUCCCCCUACAAGAUGUCUAUAAAAUUGGAGGGAUUGGUACUGUGCCAGUGGGCAGAGUUGAGACAGGAAUCUUGAAGGCUGGAAUGGUGGUGACUUUUGCUCCUGUUAACCUCUCCACUGAAGUGAAAUCUGUGGAGAUGCACCAUGAGGCUUUAGUAGAAGCUGUGCCUGGAGACAACGUUGGGUUCAAUGUCAAGAAUGUGUCGAUAAAAGAUAUUCGACGUGGUAAUGUGGCUGGAGAUAGCAAGAAUGAUCCUCCUUUGGAAUCAGGAAGUUUUACAGCCCAGGUGAUCAUUCUGAAUCACCCUGGACAGAUCAAUGCUGGCUACUCACCUGUACUAGACUGCCACACUGCACAUAUUGCCUGCAAGUUCUCUGAACUGAAGCAGAAGAUUGACCGUCGAUCUGGCAAGAAGCUGGAGGACAACCCGAAGAGCUUGAAAUCUGGAGAUGCUGGCAUCAUUGUGAUGAUUCCAGGGAAACCAAUGUGUGUGGAAACAUUCUCUACUUACCCUCCCCUUGGUCGUUUUGCAGUACGAGACAUGAGGCAGACGGUGGCUGUUGGAGUGAUCAAGGCAGUAGAUAAAAAAACUGCUGGACCUAGUAAAGUGACCAAGUCAGCUGCAAAGGCAAUGAAAAAGUAACCAACUGCAUAAUCAAUGUAGAGAUGGCUUCAAACCAACUGUAUAAUAAAGUCACUGAACCUA